UUGCAGUCAGAUAGGGGCGCUGUUCCUAAACACCGAUUUAGGCUUAAUUUUGAACUUCUACAAACGAAAAUCCGCUAGAUGGCGGUAGUGCACCCCUGCCUUUGUACCCGAAGAAGCAGACCGACCGACAAAAAAUGGCGGAUGACAAGGAUCCUCUGAGACAGUUAAAAGAUCUAACUCAACUCAAACAUCAGUUGGAGGCGAUUCAGAGGAGAGUGGAGAACGAGGUGUCCGCAGGAAUCCCCCAGGGAAGCUCGGUGUUGGGAUCCCCCUUCCUGAAGGGCUUUUUGGCCGGCUAUGUGGUGGCCAAGCUGCGCUCCUCGGCCUUCCUGGGAGUGCUGCUGGGAACUGUCACCGGCAUUUACGCAGCACAGAACUAUCAGGUCCCUAACGUUGAAAGGACCGUUAAAGAUUAUAUGAACACACUGAAAAAAGGGCCAAAGUAAUUUGGGCUGACAUGCACCAAAUGAAGAAGUGUUCUUGGAGGUACUGGUCCAUGACAGACUGGAAUUGAAUGUUUCUGUGUAAGGAGGAUUACGGAUACAUUCUUUUAACCGGAAUUCCAUUGGGGACCCAAAGACUUUAUUCGCUUUGGGUUCAGUUUAAGCUGCUUUAACUUCCACUUUUAUCUGUUUAAUGUUAACGCCUCACACAUGCAUGACAUUGUGCCUACAAGGUUUUAUGGUUUGUUUCUGAAGACUUUGUACCCCGACUAAGGUAUUUUGACUAGAGCAGCUAUAUUUAUAUUAAAGCCUUUGGAUUAUAAUGUGCAAAACAAGCAGAAACUCUUACUCAUGUACCCCACAACUUCACUGUUCAGUUUACCAUUAGAAUUUUAUCAUAGAAUGUGC